CACACGAGAUCCCACCCCUCACUCGUUUCUCUCACACCUCCACUACCUCUCUCGUCAUGUCCUUCUCACCUCCGCGCUCCUCCGGCGACGGAGGACAAGGCAACGCCGGCUUCUAUGCGCGCCCCGCCGGCGCCGCAAGCAGCACGGCCAACCCCUCCUCCACCUCCUUCCUCACCGCCAACAACGCCGGCGGCGGCGGCUUUGGCGCGCGCAGCGAGUCGUUUGCCUCGCUCGGGCCCAGCGCGUACGAGACGCCGCGCGAGGGCUCGUUCGACUAUUCGCGCUCGGGCGUGUCGCAGGGCGAUCUGAGCAGCGUCGGCUUCUCCUCGCCCUCGCGCUCGGCAGCGGGAGGCAGACGGCCAAGCGAGGCGCCCAGCGGCGUCUUCUACACCGACGACGACGAGCCGGAGCGCAGCUCGACGCCGACGCCCCGCGGCGCUUCACAGCCGGCUUCGCCGCAGAAGCUCGGCGGCAGAGGCCCACUGCCUGCGCCGCCGCUCGCGAUGCCGCUUGCGCCCGCGGCGCCCAGCGCUGCUCCAGCAGCCGCAGUCGCACCAGCACCAAUCGCAGCUGGCAGUGCCGUGCCCGCCAGCAGUGCCGAUCUCUAUGCGCCUGCUCCUCUGCCUGCUGCCGCAGCAGCGAGCAGCGCAGAUGUGUACGCGCCCAUCGCCGCUCCCGCGCCGGCUCCCGUGGCCGCACCAGCACUGGCACCAGCGUCGGCCUUUGCGCCCGGCGUCUCGGACGCACGCCGCGGCAGCGGCAGUGGCAGCCCCAGCAUUCUCUCCUCGGCCUCGCCCAGCGGCGCGCCUGCGGGCGCCGCGCCGCACUUCUCCCUCUCGCCCCUCUCGCCGGGCACCUCCGCACAGCUCUCGACGCCGCGGCGCGGCACGACGCUGGCGUCGCGCAAGACGGAGAAGAGCGCCACGAGCGGCGGCGGCAAGAGCCUAGCGACGCUUUCGAGCGUCGUGGAUGAGCGCUGGCUGCCGAGUCGCUGGGCCGGCGCGUUCAUGAUCACCGUCUGUGUCGAGGCGGCAGUGGUGAUCACAAUGGUUGCGAUUGUGUUUGCUAUGAUUCGGAAUCGCACGCAAGCAGCGCUCGGUCUGCAAGUGCAGGAUCUCAAGACGAUUCCCGUCUUCUUGGCACUCUUCGUCUUCGGCAUGCUCUUCUGCGUGGCCAUCUCGCUCGAUGCCAACCGGCUCAAGAACACGAUCCAAGUUAUCGGCGUCUGCAUCUUCAAUCUUGCCCUCAUCGUCACUGCCGCCCUCCAAAUCCCGCAAGUCAAGAUCGCACUCCGCAUUCAAAACCAAGCGAUCGGCGGUGUCCCGCCCGGGCUGUACGACGAGGUGCAGAAGUUCCUCAUCGUCGUGCCCGUCGUCACUGGCCUGGCGCAGAUUCCCAUCACGUAUCUGACGUACAAGCUGUGGGGAGAAUAUGGCUGGAGUGUGUACAAGGCGUUGGGCGCGAGCAUCGAGCAGCGACGACGCUUCCUCGUGUACCAGGUCUUCCAGGUGCUGCUCAAGUACGACUUCUUCUUCGGCGUUGGCUUUACCAUGGCCUACCUGAUCCUCGUCUCGAACCGCGACGACGCCGAGUUCGGCCUGACGAUCGCCGCGAUUCCCGUGUGCAUCGUGCUUCUCUUCGUCUCUGCCUUUGCUGCGCGCAAGGAGGUCAAGAGCCUCAUGCUGCUCUGCAUUCUCGCCUUCCUGGCGGGCGCUGCAUACUUCAUCUACAAGAUCACGAGAAUCUACGCGCCGUCGACGGCAGACGACUACCGCACGGUCCGCCUGACACUCACGUUCUUCUCCAUCUUUGCCAUCAUCUCGCUCUUCCUCACGCUCGCAAACGCCAUCUGGUGUCUGCUGAACUUCAACAAGGGUCUGCUCGAGGCGCACGACUCCAUGGGCCACCUCAUCGGCACCGGCCGACGAGCCUCGCGCGUGCCGCUGGGCCGCACGGGCGGCGUCGACGGCACUGCCGCACCGCCUGCCGCCGAUGCGUCUGCACCACCCAAGCUUGAGAGCUGGGAGGAGGCCGACGAGGAGGCCUCGAACGCCAAUGCGCGCGUGCAGGGGUCCAAUCCGCAUCGCCUGUCGCUCGACUAGCUGCGCGUUGCCGAGCCAUCUCCUGGCUCCGGAGCCGCGCUCCCCUUCUCUUGCCGGACGCGCUCGGACUGCUUCUGCAGCAUCUACCUGCUUUACCCACCUGCCCGCUCAAUCAUAAUCGGACUAUACGGA